AUGCAAGGGUCUCUGAGCCUGGGUCUGCAAGCACUGGGGUCAGACAGAGAAAAAACCCAGAAGACAAAGAGGACGAGGAGGCCACAAAGAGGCGGACAACCUCUAUACCCGACCCUUCAGAGGAGAGUCCAAAAGUGAAGGGGACAAAGAGCAUCAGCAGCAGAGGACAGACAACACAAAGGAAAGAAGCAAGAGGAUAUUACAUCACCUUGAAGAGCUGCUCCUCAUACAAACAGAGCCACCACAGUUCGAGGCCACAUACAAACAACAGGACCCGCUGGGUGAAGGAGGCCAGGGCUCUGUCUGUGCUGGUUUUAGUAGAGUAGACGAUUUCCCUGUGGCAAUAAAACAUAUCCACAGUCACAACAUGAUCUGUGAAGGAGUCACUGUGAAGGGCUGGGGAGGCAGGAGGAGGGGGCUAAAAACAUGA